AUGGAUGAACUUCCAUGUCCGCAUGCUUGGGCGGUUUUGAAGAACCAGCAGCUGAAACCUGGCCAGUAUUGCUCUUUUUACUACAAGAAGGAUAACUUCCUUAGAACUUAUGAAUUUCCAAUGAAUCCGAUGCCAGAUGAGAGUUUAUGGGUAAUCCCAACAGAGGUGCUGGAAGAUGUGGUCCUACCACCUAAAGGGAGAAGAAAUGCAGGAAGGCCCAGAAAGGAAAGACUCAAACUUGCUUCAGAGAAUGAGUCUAAGAGGGCGUGUUCAUGUUCUGUGUGUGGACAAAGUGGUCACAAUAGAAAAACAUGUAGGAAUCGACCAAAAUAA